AUGACCGCAUUCGCCGGCGGUCCUGGCAAGACUGCUCCGAAGCUCGCAAACGACUUUCUACGAUUCGAUCCCUUGCACUGCGACCGCAAUGCGAAUUACCUCGCGGAUUUCACACCUCCCGUCGGCGAGGGCAAGCAACUUGCUCCGAAGAUAGGCAGCUGCCAACAUGAAUACUCAACAAAGCACGCCCAAAGCAUUCCGCCGCCGCUCGAUCUGCGUGCGGAUGGAGGCACACAGUACAAGCUUGCAGUGUGCUGCAAGAAGUGUAGGAUACAUGCGGACAUCCGCAUCAGCUACGCUUUUGCGGUGAACUCAUGCCCAAAUUCUCAGGACCCGCUGCAUCACUUCGUGCGACGGCGUGAGUUCGAUGUGGCUAUACCAGACCGAAUAGAAUACGCAUGGCAGUGCUCCUCAGAGGGAUGCCGCGCCGAUCUCAGAAUCAGCUUCAGGACAGCGAAGAUACAACCAACAGAACGGACUAUGCUGGUGGAUACGGAUCGACUGAAGAAGGCGUAUGAGGCGAUGGUGCGAGAAGAGCCAGACAGGGAGGGCAUACGUCAGGCGACGCCCGUAGAAGUGUUGCAAAGAUUGAGGAGAUACAUCAAAGACGCUUUGAAUACUGAGCACGCGCGAAGAUCGUUUCCAGCAAACAACAAGCGCUUUGGGGAAGCUUUUGGCGUGUAUGGCGCGGACUGCUAUGAGCUGCUCACCCGGCUGGGCUUCAGAUACUCGCAAGCACAGGGGGACCAAGAAGCAAUGUGGCAGCUGCCCGAUCCUCCGGUGCUGGACGAUCGGUUUGCUGCGCAGGGCAACAGCCAUCGCGAGCUACUUGAGGAUAUCGAGACCGAGCUGCACGCGCUGAUUAUCAAAACCGCAGCCGAGACCAACGCCGUGAACCCUGCAGCGUCAGAAGGGUGGCCACUGGCAGACCGCGAUGUCGACCGAACGCUCGCUGCGCAGGGGUACCCGCGUUUCUCAUCCUUGCGGCGGCAGGUGGCAUCGCCGGAGGAGCUUCCAUACUUUGCAUCACUCGGUAUCCAACCCGACUCUGCGGACUCCAUCGUGACAUGGGCUGUCGACAAGCAGUUCACUACUGACCCACAACGACAAUCGUAUUACUUUGAGUGCUUACAGAUCAUUGCGGAGGCUCGCAAGACGGAGGACCUGCAAACAACGCUCGCGCUCGUGGAGUCCCGCGGCCUGAUAAGCCGAAGAGACAUUACAGCCGCCUAUCGAUACCUGGACAUUUCGCAAACCGACGCGCAGACAGCAGACGACGAGAGGAUACUGAACUUGUUCUACGUGAGGACUUCCGAUUCAGGACCUGAAGCCAAAGAGGAAGCGAGACGCGCACUUAGAAAGAUAGGACUCGUACGACAGAGCCAACGCCUGAUUCGGGCCGCCGAGCAGACGAUCGAGACGUACGAAGAGGCCCUGGACUGGCUUGGAAACGGCGCCAAUCGCCAGACCGCGGACGAUUGGCUGAUAUCCUUCGCUGGCACAAAGCGUGAAGAGAACGAGGAACUGACGCGCAAAGCCAUUUCGGUGAUUGCGCACGAACGGAAAAGUGACGCUCUCAACCAGUGGUUGUUGACGGGUCAAGCAGACGGCUACCAAAUGGACAAGGAAGAGGCAUUGCGCCAGCUCGGCAUCACCGAAUCAUGGGCCACCAUUGACAAAUCGAUAUUAUCGAUGCAAUUUGACGUGGCGCGUAUGGACCGGCCAGGCGAGCAGACGGAAAAGGCGAUCGCUGCACUUGAGAAGGCCAUAGCCUCCGAGCAGACUUCGCGGUCCGCUGAGACUUGGCCAGUUGGGCUCACCAGUCAUGGCAACACUUGCUAUCUGAACUCCCUUCUGCAAUACUACUUCAGCAUCAAGCCUCUUCGCGAGAUCGUGCUGAAGUACGAUCAAUACAAACUGGACACGGAGCACCACACCAGCAAGGAUGAGCGGGUAGGCCAUCGGAAGAUUUCCCUCGAAGAGGUCAAAGGUGGUCAGCGAUUUGCGCGUGACUUGAAACAGCUCUUCGAUCGCAUGAUCAAGAGCCCGAGCGAGCAUGUCCGGCCUGAAGACGAUCUUGUGUGCCGUGCUUUUCUCGAAAUGAAGGACUAUGCUCUGUUGUCUUCGGCAGUGCAGGAGCUGCGGGCUGAGCACGCUGAGAAAGCGAAUGGCGUCGUGGACAACGAGAACGAGAACGAAGUGAAGGGGGAUGACAACGAGCCAGCUCCGAUUUCGUCGUUCAACAGAGUCGCGUCCGAUGCUAGCAGCGUGACACUGCGAGGCGAAGAAGAUGUCCCAAUGCAGAAUGGAGAGCUGCUGCCCCCAACGCCACUCAAAUCGCCACCCAAGGACGACUCCGCAGCAGCACCUCCACUCCCACCGCGGCGCUUUUCGACCACGCGCGAACACGCACUUGAGAAGGCACAGGAGAAGGCGAAAGCGCAGCAGGACGUUACCGAAGUGCACGACGAUGUUUUGUUCAAGUUGAGAGCAGGCAUGACACCACGAGGCGCAGAUGAGACUGGCGAACAGGAAGAUGAUCUGCACCGGUUGUUCAAGUACAGCAUGAUUGAGACCUCAGUCAAGGACGGAAUCGAUGGGAAGAAGAAACCAUUGCUGGACAUGGCGAUUACCAUUCCGCCUCCAUCUGGAGCAACUGACAUUUACAGUGUGCUGGACCAAUUCUUCGACCUGCAAAGCGUCGGCGAGACAACCGAGGCUGGCAACACGGAAGCCUACAAGUCAUUGGAGGUGCUCCCACCUUUACUGCAGAUCAAUAUCACACGCAUCGAUUACAACAAAGAACGAGGAGCUUUCAAAUCUGAGGCAUGUGUGAAGCUCGAAGAUGAGCUCUACCUUGAUCGAUAUAUUGAUACUUCGCACCCUGAUGUGCUGCCGAGGCGCAAAGCUUGUUGGUCCUGGCGUCAGAAGUUGCACGCGCUGCGAAAAGAGAAGAAGGCCAUCGACGAUGCUCCACAAGUUGUCAACAAACCGAAUGAUCUCAGCGGGCCACUCGUGAUGAGCGAGGCCGGUGAAUAUCUGCACGACAUGCCUAAAGUCAAUGCCGAACUCGAAUCGCUUGGUAUGAACGGCGUCGAGGUUCCGGAAAGCUUGCCCAUAGCUGUCAUGUCGGAGACACAAGACCAAUUGGCUCGACUUCUGCAGCUGGAGAGUGAGAUCGCCGAGAUCGAGCCACGUCUCAAGGAUCAGUUCAGCGAGUUCAAAAAGAUCAAGUAUCGUCUUGCUGCUGUCUUUUUCCACCGAGGCAGCUAUGGACAUGGACAUUACUGGAUCUACAUUCAUGACUUCGAGAAUGACGUCUGGCGAAUGUACAAUGACGAGCGCGUGGAUGAGUUCAAGAAUGUCAACGAAAUCCUCGAGGCGAAUACCUGGAACCAUGGCACUCCAACUUUUGCUGUGUACGUUAAGGACGACCACAAGACUGAGAUUGUGCAGCCCGUGUGUCGAGCUCCGGAACCUGUGCCGGAAGCGGAUCCUCAGGCGGUCCCUGAUAUCGACGUCCAGAUGUAUGACGGCGGAAAUCAGCCUGAGGGCACGAUGAAUCCACGAGACAUGAUGGUCCGUCGGGACUCAGCCAGUGGUCUCGAUAGGAAAGAGAGCAGUGGAGAGUGGGACCCAGCACGAGUUGUAAACAAUCAUCAGUGGUAG